AUUGGGGCAGAAUGGCCCAAAAAUAAAGGAACGGUGGUUUUUAUUUAUUUAUUUAUUCAUUCAUUAUUUUUAACCAGGUAAAUUGCCGCCGCUGUUGUGUCACCGGCGAGCGGCGCCGCCGCUCGAAGCUGAAUGCUUAUUGCAAAUGAAGUCACUCAGGCAAUCUAUUUCUUUGAAUAUGGAAUCCGCUCGCUGUCAAAGUUAUGGUGCGUUCAUUGCAGUAUCCCAAUAGCGUGUCGUGCGAUGCGAGAGUCACCUGGAACAAAGCGAAGGGUGUGGGGUUGACAGGGUGGGAUCGGUAAGGCUUCCCUCAGUUGGAGGUUUUUUAGUAUGCCUUCAGUAAGAAUUUGUCGUUUUCUCCAGUCAAAUCGAGAAGCUACGCAGGAAAACCGCCAAUAGCCGCCGGGGGUGAAAAUGAAAGCACCAUAAGUCUUCGUCCCCGGAACCAACUCAUGUCUUUUUCCUGCUUUGGCGCGACAUGUUUGCAACUGUUUAUUCAGUAUUAUUGAAUUGUUACUCAGACACUGUAAACGGAGAGUUAGAUUUUCCACUGGAUAUUGAUCUACCGUCUACGUGUAUCCCUGCCUGUUUUCUUGAUUUCAUUAAUUUUCUAAUAGCAGCAGCCGAUUAAACUAUGAAUAUCCUUCUGUCAACUUUCCUUCUUGCUGAAAGUAUAUGUGAAGCGAAGCAAAUUAGGUUAACAGACGCAGAAAGCUAUGGGCGGUUUAAGUCAGUCAAGUGGGAAGUGGCAUCAUAACCUUACAACUUGUUGGGCAACUUGCGCUUUGCAUCCCAACUGGGCCCUAUUCUUUAAUCAAUAAAUACAAUGAUGGAUAAAUUUUCACCUUAUAAUCUGUUGCUUUUUUUCGAGGAAACCAGUCGAGUUUAGGAGUAGCUUAUUCAAUUCUGAAUCGUUGAGCUGGGAGCUUUACUGUAUAUUAGCUUUACUGUUGUUUCUUUUAAUCUUCGACGAGCAGAUGUCCAAAAUGCUGCUCUCUCCAACCAGCCUAAAGCUCUUUCUGGAGUCCCUUCUGGUGACGCUCUUGAUUUCUUGUUUAGGUUCUUGUUUGGAAACAGACACCAUUACAUCAUCCCUGGUGGUGGAAGAUCCAGACAGCAUAGUGUCAAGUGGUAAAGUUUACAGGUUGGGAUUCUUCAGCCCUGUGAAUUCCACUUCUCGAUAUGUUGGGAUAUGGAAUAAUGUUUCGGAUAUAUCGAUUAUAUGGGUAGCCAAUAGAGACAAGCCACUCAGAGGUGAUACCAAAGGCGCAAUAACAGUGUCUGAAGAUGGGAAUCUUGUUCUUAUGGGUCCAAAAAAGGAGAUCCUAUGGUCAUCAAAUGUCACUAAUUCUUCAAGGAAUUCAAGUGUUCAGCUUUUGGAUUCUGGGAAUCUUGUUUUGCGAGAUAGCUCAAACGGGAGCGUACUGUGGGAGAGUUUCGCGCAUCCUGCGGAUGUGUUUGUUCCGACCUUGAAAUUGACAGACAACAUAUACACAGGGAAGAGGAUCGUCUUGACAUCAUGGAAGACACUGGAGGAUCCAAGUUUUGGAAAUUAUACAGCUGGGCUACAAGCUGCAAGCAUUCCACAAAUCUUCAUAUGGAAUAACGGUCGACCACAUUGGAGAAGCGGGCCAUGGAAUGGUCUGAUUCUUACAGGGGUGACCGAUAUGUAUGCCGUGUAUCUUGAUGGAUACAAGGUGGCUAGGCAAGAUGAUGGCACUGUCUCCUUUACUCGAGAUUAUUACGGGAAACUGCUAAUGAAAAUCAUUCUGAAGCCGAAUGGAAGCUUUGUGCAGACUAUGUGGGAUGUUGGUAGGAAGGAUUGGAAUGUCACAUGGGUAGCUCCCAUUGAUGCGUGCGAUGUUUACGGCGUUUGCGGUCGUUUUGGGAACUGUAAUCCGAGGAAUUCUCCAAUAUGCAGUUGUCUGAAAGGGUAUAAACCAGUGAACAAGACGGAAUGGGAUAAAGGGAAAUGGAGUGGUGGAUGUGCAAGGAGGAGCACCUUGCAAUGCGACAGAAGUGAUAACUCGAGUGAGAAAAGCCAUGGUGAUAAGUUUUCUAAGCUGCCAAAUACAAAAGUGCCUGAUUUUAUGGAGGUGUCACAAGGCCGAUUGGAUGAAUGCGAAGGGAUGUGCGCCAAAAAUUGUUCCUGCAUAGCCUAUUCACAUGACAGGGGCAUUGGCUGUAUGUUCUGGAGGGAUAGCUUGAUCGACGUUCGCCAAUACCCAAUUGGUGGCUCUGAUCUUUACGUUCGAGUUGCAUAUUCAGUGCUCGAUGAGAAGAAGGACCAUAAACUAUCAAUCAUAAUUCCUGUAGUCAUUGGCUUAGUUGCCCUCAUUCUUUUCAUCUUCGUUUCUUGGCUGUGGUGGAGUAAGAAAAAAGGAGCCAAAAGAGCUGCAAGCCAGCCAACAGCACAUUCGAGGCUAGCACGUCCACCUCAUUCUAAUGAGGUAGUCAUCCUUAAAGAUGGUACAAAGGAAAUUAGUCUUGACGAAUUGCCAUUGUACAGCUUUGAGACGCUUGGAAUUGCUACAGAUCAUUUCAGCGAAUCGAAUCUACUUGGGAAGGGAGGUUUCGGACCUGUAUAUAAGGGGAAGUUGGCAAAUGGGAAAGAAAUCGCGGUGAAGAGGCUUUCGGGCGCAUCUGCACAGGGAUUUCAAGAAUUUAUGAACGAAGUGGUGGUGAUUUCUAAACUCCAACAUCGAAAUCUUGUCAGCUUGCUAGGCUGCUGUGUGGAGCAAGAAGAGAAGAUGCUCGUAUACGAGUUCAUGGUGAAUAGAAGCCUGGAUGUGUUCCUCUUCGAUUCUUCUCAAGGUAUCCUAGAUUGGAGAAAACGUUUCAAUAUUAUUCAAGGUAUAGGUCGAGGCAUCCUCUAUCUCCACCGCGACUCACGGCUGAGGAUAAUUCACCGGGACCUGAAACCAAGCAAUAUAUUGCUGGAUGAGAAUUGGAACCCGAAAAUAUCAGACUUUGGCAUGGCCAGAAUAUUCGGUGGGAGGGAAGAUCAAGCCAACACUGCUAGAGUUGUCGGAACAUACGGAUACAUGUCGCCCGAAUAUGCAAUGGGAGGAAGAUUUUCUGAGAAAUCAGAUGUCUUUAGCUUCGGAGUUUUAGUGUUAGAGAUUAUAAGCGGGAGAAAGAACAUGAGCUUCCACAACCACGAGACGGACAGCCUCCUCGAAUAUGCCUGGAGAUCGUGGAAAGAAGGCAGUUUCGAGUGUCUAAUAGAUGCAAGAAUGGGGAGUGUUGAUUCUCUGACAGAGAUCAUUCAUUGCAUACACAUUGGAUUGCUGUGUGUGCAAGAAUUCCCUGACAACAGACCCACCAUAUCAGGUGUCCUGGGAAUGCUUGGUAAUGAAAUCGCUGAGUUACCCGUUCCAGAACAACCAGCUUUCGUCCAAAAGCCAAGCAGGGGUCGUCCUCUGUCGUCUUCUUCCAACAGUCAUAGCCAGGCUACCACAGUCUCCUCCAUUAACAAUGUCAGCAUUACAACGCUCGACGGGCGUUGACUCUGGUCUGCCGUGGAUGGCCCAGGAUCUUACAGUUGCAACAAAGUCUGUAUUAAAUUCUGGUUCACGUACAAGCAACUGAGAAUAUAUUAUGAUUUUGACGAAGACAAAAUGUGUAGCGACAAGAAAAGAGGUUAGGAAAAUUAGGGCUGUGGACAUCAGCGUUUUUGAAUUGAAAAUUUGAAUUUGCAAGCUAUGCGUUGGCUGGCUAUUGGUUAUUUUGGGAAUAAAAACAAUAUCCAAUAUU